UCGGGCAACUGUCAUCACAUCUCGGCACACAUUCAUUUUGGAAGCCAGUUUUUACUCUAUCCGAAGAGCAGGAAUCUUAUUGGACACAGAUAUCGAGAAUGUGAGAAGGAACUAUAGACAAACCUGCUCUGACAAAUCCAAACAAAACUGACGUUUGUGUUUCGAAGGUCAGACCGCAUAUAAUUUUCGAAUUCAGAACACAAGUAACUUCGUAGAUUUUAUGAUGUCGCCAGAAGAAGCUUUAGCAUUCUUGCAAAAAGAAGCAUUUGUGUUGAGUCGUUUAAAAAUUGCUUUGGAAGAGAAAUUACUCCAGUUACAGGUGGAAGAACUGCAGCUAGAAGCUGGAGUGAGAGUUCUCACAACAAAAAAGGAACUGAGUGAAAUGCAAGCGAAGAGAAGGAAGAAAUCUCGGGUUUCUAGGUUCAGAUCAAAGGUUGUGACAAGUACUCCAAGAAAUAAAUGUAAGCAGCCCGAGUUGGAAUCACUGGAUCCCGAUUUUGAUGUGUCUACCCUAUAUUCUGGAGAAAGUUGAAGAGAUUCAAGUCGCAACAAGAUCUUACAUUUUUUUUUUUUUUCUUUUUUUCUUUUUGCAUUUUUACUAUAUUCUGUACAAUUUAUCUGAAUAAAAUGUUUUGUGUUUUU